UAUCUGGUUUCUCGUGCAUAUUGUUGCUUUGAAUCCACCUUUCCUGUUCAAUGUAUAUAUGAUUGUGCAUGGAAAUUUUGGCUGACCACAUUUUCUUCAUAUUAUUAGCAGGGUGCUAAAGAGGGCUUCUGCUGUUUUUGAUCGUUGUUCUUAUCAUAAUUGUCUACAACAUGGCUCACAAUGAUACUACUUGUCCAAAGCCGAUGCAGGCAACCUCCACGGGAGUCUUCCAAGGAGAGAAUCCUCUUGAUUAUGCCCUCCCCCUUGUUAUCUUACAAAUAAUCAUUGUUAUUGUCCUCACUCGUACCUUGGCCUACUUGCUUAAACCUCUAAGGCAGCCUCGUGUGAUUGCUGAGAUUAUUGGAGGAGUGCUACUAGGCCCAUCUGCUUUUGGUCGUAGCGAGGUGUUCCUGCAUACCGUAUUCCCUCCCAAGAGUCUGCCAGUACUGGACACACUUGCAAAUAUCGGCCUCAUCUUCUUUCUGUUCCUUGUAGGCUUAGAAUUGGAUCCGAAAGCAUUACGCAGGACAGGGAAGAAAUCCAUGUGCAUUGCUGUUGCAGGCAUUUGUUUGCCCUUUGCUUUGGGAAUUGGUGCAUCACUUGUCCUCAGGGCAACUAUUUCGAAAGGUGUCAGCCUAGGUCCUUUUAUAGUAUUCAUGGGGGUUGCUCUCUCUAUCACUGCCCUUCCUGUAUUAGCCCGUAUCUUAGCUGAGUUCAAGCUACUUACCACUGAUGUGGGUCGUACGGCCAUGUCAGCUGCUGCAGUCAAUGAUGUGGCAGCUUGGAUUCUCCUUGCUGUAGCCAUAGCUCUCUCUGGCUCAGGAAAAUCUCCUCUUAUUUCCCUAUGGGUAUUUUUGUGUGGUGCAGCUUUUGUUGGCAUGUGUAUUCUUAUAGUCCCUCGUAUAUUUAAGUGGUUGACUCGGCAUUGCCCUGAUGGUGAGCCUGUGAAUGAAAUUUUCAUUUGUGGUAUCUUAGCCACAGUUUUGGCAGCUGGAUUUGUGACUGACACUAUAGGAAUCCAUGCACUUUUUGGGGCUUUUAUAAUUGGAACUCUAGCCCCAAAGGAUGGGCCGUUAGCCAGUGCCAUGGUAGAAAAGGUGGAGGAUCUUGUGUCUGGUCUCCUCCUUCCUUUGUACUUUGCUUCGAGUGGCCUCAAAACAAAUGUAGCCACCAUUCAAGGGGCUCAGUCAUGGGGACUUCUACUUCUUGUUAUACUAACUGCAUGCUUAGGCAAAGUUGUUGGGACUGUAGUGGUUUCUCGUCUCUGUAAAUUGCCUUUGAAUGAGGCUGUUGCUCUUGGGGUUCUAAUGAACAGCAAAGGUCUGGUGGAGCUGAUUGUUCUAAACAUUGGUAAAGAUCGAAAGGUGCUAAAUGACCAAACUUUUUCAAUAAUGGUUAUGAUGGCCCUAGUCACCACGUUCAUGACAACACCAAUUGUGAGGGCAGUGUAUACACCAGCUAAGAGAGGAAGCACGUAUAAUCUAAGGACAAUCCAAAGAAAAGAUCCCAACUCUCAACUCCGAAUCAUGGCAUGCUUCCAUAGUGGAAGGAACAUCCCUACUAUGAUAAACCUAAUUGAAGCUUCCCGGGGAACAGAGAAAAGGAAAGGGCUCACGGUCUACGCGGUGCAUCUCAUGGAGCUCUCUGAGAGGUCUUCAGCAAUACGGAUGGUCAAUAAAGCCCGAAAUAAUGGGCUUCCCUUCUGGAAUAAGGGGAUGCAGCCAGAUUCGGAUCAAGUUGUGGUGGCCUUUGAGGCAUAUGGGCAGCUCAGUCGGGUGCAAAUCAGGCCUAUGACGGCAAUCUCUCACUUCUUCAACAUGCAUGAAGAUAUAUGUGCUAGUGCUGAGAGCAAGAAGGCUGCCCUCAUUAUCCUUCCCUUCCACAAACACCAGAAGGUUGAUGGUUCAUUAGAAACCACAAGACAUGAAUAUAGAAUAAUCAACAAAAAGGUCCUUCAAAAUGCUCCUUGCUCGGUUGGUAUCCUAGUUGACCGGGGGCUUGGUGGGUCCUCACAUGUGUCAGCCAGCAAUGUCGACUCUAUCAUCACUGUUUAUUUCUUUGGUGGGCCUGACGAUCGUGAGGCGUUAGCCCUUGGUCAACGGAUGUCUGAGCACCCGGGAAUCACCCUUAUAGUGGUGCAUUUAAGAGCAGACCCCGACUUGGAAGGAGCUGAAAGGGUGGCUAUUGAUGUGAGUGAUAGUAGUAGUAACAAUGGAGAAUCCAGGGAAGCUGAUGAAAAUGCCAUUGAAAGUAUUAAGCAAAAAGUGUCCGGGGACGGGUCAGUUAAGUUCAAGGAAAGAAUAGUGAAAGCAACUUCUGAUACUGUAAAUAUAGUCAAGGAAUUCAGCCGUUGUAAUAUGGUCUUAGUGGGACGAUCACCAGAAGGUAUGGUGGCUGCUGCUUUCGAACUUAAUAUAAAGAUUGAGUACCCUGAAAUAGGCCCAGCUGGGAGUUUGCUGGUUUCUCAAGAGAUCUCAACAAAUGCUUCUGUAUUGGUGGUUCAUCAGUACAGUGGUGGUACAAGGCCAGUAUCUCUAGAAGAGGAAGAGCCAGCUGAUGGGGCUGAAACUGAGUAAUUGAAAUUAGUCUGAAUAUGUCCUUAAGAGCAAAUCAAGUUGUACCGAGUCUUUCCUUUUACAGAUAAUACAUAAAAGUAGAGAUAUAUAGGUACAUAAGCUUGAUCAGAGGCUUUGGAAAUUUCUGUUUUCUAGAGUAUGUAUGUGGUUUUUAGCCUUUUCAAAGUUGUUGAAAUGGCUUCUAUGAAAUCUCAAGACAUCACUUUACAAUAACUUGAAAAGUCACUGACCUGAAGUGACGCUUGGGGAUGUAGCAGUUUAUAGGUAGCAAAGAACUGUAUCGAAUCUGGUAGCAUUACAUUUCUUUUGCAUGCCUAAGCUCUAAGGAGCUUUUAGAUUCUAUACAACAAUGUGACAGUUAAAUGAUGUA